CCUCAGGUGUGUGUGGGCUCCGCUGCAGGUAAACAAAUGGACUCAUCGGCGGUCUGCGGAGGCGACAACAUGAACGAUGUGACCGAGCCGCGCGGACUGAAGCGAGCACCAUGCCCGGACAGAAGAGGAGAUAUAACGUACGCUUCCCCCCCAGUCGCAUCAAGAAGAUCAUGCAGAAGGAUGCAGAGGUGGGGAGGAUUGCGAUGGCGGUUCCUGUGAUCAUCUCUCGGGCGCUAGAAAUGUUCCUGAAGUGUCUGCUGACCAAAACCUGUCUGAUAACUCAGUCGAAGCUGAGCACCGUCGUAUCUGUGGCCCACAUGAAGCAGUGCAUCGAGUCAGAGAAGCUGUUCGACUUCCUCAAAGACUUGGCGGAGCAAGCCACGUCUACAGCAAGCCAGAAGGACAACAGAGGCAUGAACAUGUGGCCGCUGUACAGAACCAGGCGACAUGAAAACUCUGUUAAAAAACCAGCUGAAGUCGUAGAGACGGCGCCGCGAUCGAGCCUCGACUCGCUGGACAACAACUCCAGCUCCAGUGAGUCGGAGCUCUACAUCUGCUUCUGACCGACCAGAGGAACGAGCCGAGCUGCCGAGUCAUCGUUUGUCUUUGUUUAAAGUUUACAGGUCCCGAUCACUUCGUCUUUAUGGGAAGAAGUUACGUUUAAGUUACACAUUUUAGAUAUUUCUUUGUGGUUUAUUUAUUUUUUUGGUUUAAAAAAAAAAGACAUGGCAUUUUGUGAAGCCCCUUUUUUGUUUGUAGGUUCAUCACGUCUGUGUAGAUUUACACAUAAAGACUGAAACGAUGCAGUAAAAGUUAUUUUUUUGUUUUUUUUGUUCAGUUUUGUAAUUUCAGAUUUAAAUGGUCGGAGUGUUUGGCACCAUUUUAGACGGCGUGCACCUUUAAAACCAGACAAAGUGCUUGUUUUGCUUGAUGUUUCGAGCAUUUCAUUUUUUAAAGCACUUGUAAAUUAACGUUUUAAAGACAGCGAACCUUUGCAUAUGAAAUGAUGUGAAAACUGUAAAAUAAAUAAGUUCAUUUCAGUCGUCCGUGUUUGACAGAUUUAAUGUGGAGAAGCUGUGCUCACAUAAAUAAAAACAGAUCCAGAGCGUACAGGGAUUGGUUUAUUCCAACCAACUCUUCAGUCUUUUUACAUGAUGGAUGAAAUGAUGAAUAAAUAGAUGCAGUUUUUUUUUUGUUCUGAAAACUUUACUGGAAAUUUACAUUUUGAAGCCAAAUAUAGCAAAACGUCUCUUAAGUUUCUACACUAGCUGUCUGCAUUAGAACGUGAAACAUUUUCACGGUCCGGCGUUGUACAAACAUUUGCUUUAACGUUCCCGCUGGAGGUCCGAGCUCAUCUGAUCUGAUCUGAUCACACACAGACAGACAGACGGACGCCGGACUCGUGAUGUGCAUGAAAUCAGGUCUCAACGUAACAAGUGAAACUACAGUACUGCUCAACUAACAGACUCCAUGAGUAAAAGCUCAGAUCCAGUGGUCAUCAGUCCCUCCCGCUCUUUAAAAUGAAACAUGCAUCUCGGCUGAAAGCAUCGUUACUACGGUUACACCUGAAGAGUAAAAAAAAAAAAA